ACAUCGGUCAAUGACAAUUAUUUCUGCUACUUUUCAUCGUUCAUCGUGUUUGAACUUUUUUAAAUAUUUAACCGUACCAUAUAUUAGUAUAUGUACAGAUGUAUCAAUUAAUUCUUGCUUCUAUUUAAUGCAAGCUAUGCUAUGAUAUUGGAGUCCAUUUUUUCGUGCACGAAUCUAACGCUAACAUGUGGUUCGUCAAUUUACAUCUUGAUAAGAUACUCUUACGCUCAGUAUUCGAAAUUAUUAACACAUGUUGCGUGUGCCUGUGCCAGUAUCGCUAUGAUUGGUUCUCGAUCAUUCAUCGUUCUUAUGUACAAACUUUUCUUUAAGGAUUAUACGUUCGAUCCGUUUAUGAUGCAGCUGGAGGAAGAAAGGAACAAAGAACGAUUCAAUGUUAUAGACGAGAUCUUUCGAACCUUGAGCAUGGCCGGCUUAAUUUAUUCUUUGUACUCCUGUCAUGGAUAUUACGCGCUCGGUGUCUGUGUUGUAACUAGCUUAUCAAUUUUAGACUUGUUCAAACUGUACAGAAUAAAGAAGAAACAGACAGAGGAAAUGGAAAUGUCGCGUUUCUACGAUAAUUCAAGUGAAACGAAAGCAACCUAUGAAUCAAGGCUUAACAUAUUCAAUUGGGUAAUUCUUGGUGGAAGUUUCGCGUAUACGGUGGGUAAUAAUUACGCUGUAGUAGCAAAUUAUCCUCUGCUCCUGGCGAAUUGGGCGCUAUCUCCGGAAGGAUUUUAUCAAGGAUGGACCAUGCGACGUACCAUUAACGAUUACUUGAUGGCGACUUACGUCAUGUGCAUGACGGAAGCUUUACGACAAGCUGGCACGUCAUAAAAAUCUUUCUUUCCCUCUGUUGC